GUUGGCGUAGUCAUCCUCGUUGCGCAUGCUUGGGAAGUUGAGAAGACAACACUGACAUUGGAGUUAUUCUGCAGUGUGAGGAGACAACAUUGACGUUUGAGUUAUUCUGCAGGCCUGGGUGGAAGUUGCAGGUGUCCAACCUCUGUUCUCUGUUCGGCUAUUAGUGAUAGGCACGCCAACCGUGGAUCGACAUCGGGAACAGUUUUCAGAGCUUUUUCAGAGCUUUUUCAGAGCUUUUGCCAGCUCUCUCUCUCUCUCUCUCUCUCUCUCUCUCUCUCUCUCUCUCUCUCUCUCUCUCUCUCUCUCUCUCUCUCCGUCUCUCUCCGCGCACCCCCGCGCCCCCCCUCUCUCUCUCACAGACACACACACACACAAUCAACUAUUUUCUAUUUUUACUUUUUCUGCUUUUCUUCUUCUAAUUUUGAAGUAUUUACUUUGUGCAGAAAUUCAACUCCAAAGGUCAGUCAGGCAAGGGUAUCCCUUGACCCCUUUCCUUUUUCUAACCAUUAUGGAGGCCUUAAGGGCAAACCUGCGAACCAACCGUAACAUUAAACGAAUACAGAUCUCAGGUAUACCAGAGGAAGCAACUCCCAUUACCUCUAUGUUUGCAGACGAUCUCACUGUCAUGAUGGAGACAUCAGAAUCAAACAUGAAGGAAAUU